UGCAAAAUCAUCUUCAUGCUCCAGUAAUGAGUGAGUAUAAAAAGAAGAGAAAGGCGCUUCUUUUCUUAAAAUCAAAAAGACAAACUACAGUGAGCUAGUCUUUAAGCACCAAAAUCACCUGUCAAUAACAAAAUGAGCGAAUCUAAAGGCCUAGGAAAGCUAUUCCGAGCCUUCUUUGAGGCUAACGAUCUCCAGGAAAUUGUCUCCACUUUCAGAGCAGUCUGUCGCGAAGUCGAGGUGGACCCGGACCAGCGAGAAAACUUCUACCAGACAUUGAAGGAGAGACUACACGACUGGCGUUGUGAUCCUUUAUGGCCAAUGCUAGAUGAGCGUCUAGCCAGGCCGGUUUAUGAAGGGCAGAGCCCGUGCAAAGGAAAGAGACUUCUUGUAGUUGGUGCAGGUCCUAUUGGCCUCCGAAUGGCCAUUGAAGGUAUCAUGUUGGGAGCUGAAGUGGAUGUUGUGGAAAAGAGGGAGAGUUUCACUCGUAAUAACGUCGUUCACCUCUGGCCGUUUGUGGUCCAGGAUUUGAAAGGGCUUGGUGCUAAGCAUUUUCAUUCUAGAUUCUGUUCUGGAUCGAUUCAUCAUGCCGCCAUUAGAUUACUUCAAGUUUUAUUGCUCAAGACUUGUCUACUGCUUGGAGUCAAGAUACACUUCCCUGUUUCGUUCCAAGACCUCAUUGAGCCUCAGACAGACUCUGAUGACUGGAGGGUACUCUUUGAACCUCCAACUACUCCUCUCUCCUCUCAAACUUUUGACAGCAUCAUAGCAGCUGAUGGCAAGCAGUACUGUCUCCCUGGUUUUACAGGGAAAGAAUUCAGAGCUAAACUGGCUAUUGGCAUAACGAUGAACUUUGUUAACAAUCGAAAGAAGAGUGAUAUACUUGUGGAAGAGAUUGGUGGUUGGAGCUACCACUGUGAUCAGGCUUUCUUUAACAAGUUAGCUAAGGACCAUGGGAUCGAGCUAGAGAACAUAGUUUAUUAUAAAGAUGAAACACAUUAUUUUGUGAUGACUGCAAAGAAGAGCAGUCUACUAGAAAAAGGAGUUCUAUUAAAAGAUUAUCCGACUUCUGGUGAGCUUUUAAGUCGUGAUAACGUUUGUCGAGAUGCUCUUGUUGAUUAUGCCAAAGAGGCAGCAGUCUACACUACUAAAGGAGGUCUGGGUGAGCUUGUGUUUGCUCCAAAUUACAGAGGAGACAAAGAUGUGGCAAUGUUUGACUUCACUGGUAUGAUGUACUCUGAUAAUGCUUCGAAGAUACUCGAGAGGAAAGGAAAGAAACUGUUGCUUGGUAUUGCUGGAGAUAGUCUCUUUGAAUCGUUCUGGCCAACUGGCAGUGGAAUGGGUAGAGGAGUCCUUGGAGUAUUUGAUGCUGCUUGGAUGUUCAAGCGUUUCUGUCAAGGAGAUCCUCCGCUGGAAGUGGUAAAGGAGAGAGAAGGACUCUUCAAUGGAUUGAGAUCAGUUUUCUCUCUGGUGUCCAAUACAAAUGGAUACACCAUUGAUCCCGUCACACGAUAUGGUCUGGCUAGAAUGAGUUCAUUAUCCGUUCCUCAAGACACGACUCAGAUCUAUGAUACUGACGCUGUGUAGCUAGAUAAUUUAAUGUGAUAUUUAACAUAUUUUUGCUCAAUUUUUAUUCACUUUAUUAACACUGUUUAGUUAUAAUAAAGAUUCUGUAGAAAUUUAA